AUGGCGGUUCUCUCCCUGCCGCUGUCCUUCUCAAACUCGUUCUGGUCACAGGACUACAGAAAGGGCCUCGACGUCCUCUACAAAAAGCUAGAACAGGGCUCCGCUGAGAAUGCAGAAAUAGUCGCUUUCAUAAGGGCUCGCGCAGAUGCAGAAGCCAACCUCGCCUCCGCCCUCAUGCACUCUCCCCCAGAAGGCAAGGGCUUCACCGCAGACGACGGCGCGACCCUCCUCAUGGCCUUCCGCGGCCUCCAGGCUGAAUCCGUAAAGCAGGGCGAAGUACACAAGUCCAUCGCACACGAGCUCAACACCCUCGUCCUCGACCCCUUCCACGAAUGGGCCACGGCCUACCAGGAUCGCCUUCACCAGAGCAAAGCCACCCUCCUCGACGGCUACUUGCGCUCCUACGAGCACGCCCAGGGCGAGGUCUCAAAGCUGAAACACCAGUACCUCGCCAAAGUCCGCAAGGCGGACGAGGCCGAAGACGACGCCAAGUUCGCCCCGGGCAGCGAACUGAGCGACAAGUACACCACCUCGCCGCGCCUCGCCCCCCGGGACGCCCGCGCGUCCGCCAGUCCGCGUCUUAACCCUCAGCGCGGCGCCAGCAUCUCCGAGCGCAUCGCCCAGCGCCUCAAGGAUAUCCAGCGCAAGACCGCCAACGCGACCGCCUCGCCCGGACCCGACGACCUCCCGCCCCCGGCCCCGCCCAAGCCCGACAAGGGCAAGGGUCGCGCCCUCGACCCCGAUGCCGUCCACGACAUCAGCAUGUCGCCCCCGCCACUGUCCCCGCCGCUCCCGCCCGCGAAGCUCCUCAUCCCCCAGCCCCCCGCGUCCCCCAUGCCCCCGAUGCCCCCCUCCCCCCUCCUCCUCGCCGGCCUCUCUCUCCCACCCUCCGCCAUCUCAGACCUCCUCGCCCGCGCCGCCGCCGAGCUCCCGCUCCGCCCCGUGCGCUUCCCCAUCCUCGGCGAGUACCAGGACUGCUUCACGGGCGAGGAGCUCGUCACGUGGCUCGUCCACAACGUGCAGGGCCUCGGGGACAGCCUCGACCGCGCGGAGGACGCCGCGCGCGACCUCACUGAGCGCGAAGGCCUCCUGCGCCGCAUCGGCGAGUUUGGCAACAUGUUCGAGGCGUCUGACGACGCAUUUUAUCAGUUCAGGCCCAAGGCGUUCGAGCUCGGGAAGCAUGGCGCCGCGACCACCGCCACCGCCACCCUCGCUGACAACCUCGUCAAGCGGUCCAACAACCUCUUCAGCGUCGUCUCCAAGGCGCUCAACACCACCACCGGCGGGAGCGCGGAGCCCCCUUACGUGCGCGCGCGUGCGGACGCGGACGCGGCCGACCGCGCGUACCGCGUGGCCGUGCGCAAGCUCGACCGGCAGCGGCUCGCGCUCGAGGAGCGCAUCGAGGACGCGCUCAAGACGCUGCAGACGUGGGAGGCGGAGCGGCUGCGCGCGGUCAAGACGGUGCUGCUGCAGUUCCAGGGCACGCUCGCGAACCUGCCGCGCGCGCUCGAGCCGGCGCUGGAGCGCUCGCGCGCGCGCAUCGCCGCGUUCCUGCCCGAGGCGGACCUGCUCGCGCUCAUCGAGCGCUACCGCACGGGCCCCGUCGCGCACGACGACGCGGACGUGCUGUUUGGGGUUGAUCUGCGCAAGUGGGCCGAGGGCGGCUGGGCGGCGCUGCGUGCCGGGGAGGAGCGCAAGGACGCGCUGCCGCCCGUGGUGCCCGCGCUGCUUGCGGGCCUCGCGGCGGCGUACGCGCGGCUGCCGAGCGACGACGAGAAACGCAAGGUGUGGAUAUACGAGGUGCCGCUGCCCGCGGUGCACCACCUGCGCGAGAGCCUGAACGCGGUGCCGCCCGAGCAGGCGAUCCCGCUCGAGAUCAUGGACAAGUACGACGCGCCGGUGCUCGCGAGCACGGUGAAGCUCUGGAUGCUCGAGCUCGACCCACCGCUCGCGCUCUGGGAGGGCUGGGACGACGUCCGGCGGAUAUACCCUUCUGUGGGCGCGUCGGCACAGGGCGAGCAGGGUCCCGAGGCGGAGCAGCUGCGCAUCGAGGCGCUGCAGACCGUGCUGCAGCGGUGGCCGAGGGUCCAUCUGUCCGUGCUCGACGCCAUCGUCGGGCACCUCCGCUCGCUCAUCGACGCCACCGCAGAGGCGGCGGAGAGCAACGAGGUGUAUAUCACGAAGCUCGCGCUUUCUGUUGGUAGAGCCGUCGUUCGGCCCAAGGUCGAGACAGAGAUGUCCAUCCAGGACCGUCAUCCCGCCCUGUUCUUCGUCGACCUCGUUACGCACUACGCGGCGGUCCUCCCGCCGACGCUCGCCAAGAAGAAGCGCGAGUCAGAGCGCAAGGUCCCGCUCCGGAAACGCACCGCGCCCGUCGACAUGCGCAUGAGCAGGAGCAGGCUCUCCGUCGGCACCGACGCGCGCGACUGGCUCGCUGCCCAGCGCGCCAGUGGCAACGUCCCCCCGCCCGUCCCGCCGCCCGUGCCGCAGAUCUCGGCGCCGACGCCGGUGUUUGCCGGCGAGCGCCAGCCGGAGUGGGUCGCGCAGGGCGCGUCGCCGAGCCCGAUCGCGGAGGCCGUCGAGGCCGUCGCGUCUCCCGCGCAGCCCCCCGCUCCUCUCGAGCCUGAGCCCGUGCCUGCGCCCUCUCCCGAAUCCGAGCCCACACCCGAACCUGCGCCUGCGCCCCCCGCUGCGAACGACGACGCCCUGCCCCCGCGUCCGUCGUUCAAGGAGCCCUCUCCCGAGCCCGACGCCCCGCCUCCGCGCCCGUCGUUCAAAGAGCCGCCCCCGGAGCUCGACGACCUCCCGCCCCGCCCCGCCGCGUUCAAAGAGCCCGCGCUCGACGACGCAUCGCCGCCCCCGCGGCCGUCCUUCGCCGACCCGCUCUCGGGCAAGGGCUCGCGCAGCCCGUCGCCGUCCGUGAACGAGGACCAGCCGCUCAGCGCGGGCCGCGCCUCGCUCGCGCGCACCGUCUCGAGCGAGGCGUCGCGCCUCCGCGGGCCGCGCAGCUCGCGCCCGCCGCGCACGCCCGGCGGGAGCGGCAGCGUGAGCAACAUGGUCGCGAACCUGAACCGCCACUCGCUGCAGGGCGGCGCGGGCGGGUCUCCGCGCGCGACGUCGCCGCCUGCGUCGGCGGGCGGGUUGAAGGGCCGCCGGCCGCCGUCUUCGCUCGUGGAGGAGCGGCGGCGGAGCCUUGUCGGGGCUGGUGGGAAGGGCGCGCUGUCGAGGCGGACGAUGGAGAGCGACGCGGAGGAUAAUAUCGUGAACUGAGGCGGUGUGGUGUUCGGUGGAUCUUUGAGGUUGGUGUGAUCUAUAUGUGGGCCGCUGGUUGGGCGUAUUGCUCGAUGGUUUGUUUGGACGGUAUAUUACCCAUGCGAUGUCUUGCGAAUAGUAUUUACUUGGAUGUAUUGUCGCUGGUUGAUGAUUAGGGGUCCGUCAUCCGUGGAGAAUCAAACACGGUAUGGAACGCGUGCGAUGUCAGA